AUGGAAUAUAGUUUUAUGAAUAUACAACAACUAGAGGAGGAUGAAAUAGACCUAAUAUACGAUGAAGAUGAAAUAAAUAUAGAUUUCUUAAAAUUUAAAGAAGAAUAUAUGGAUUAUACUCUAAUAGACUAUGAAGAGGAGGAAUUAACAAGUUUUAAAACAGAGGAAACUAACAAAACAAUAGAACAAAUAAUAGAUAGAAAAAUUACAGAAUUAAACAUACAAGAAGAAGUAGAUAAUAUGGUAAUAGAAUGUAUAACAGACCUAGGAAUGACCUAUGAAGAAAGCUAUAAAAAACUACAAGAAUUCUAUAAUUUACCAUUAGUAGAAAGCAUUUUACAGGGAAAAACAAUGUUAGUAGAGUUUAAUAAACAUGAACAAGCCUAUAUGGCUACAAAAGAAGAAUUACAAGGAAAAAGACCUAGAAUGGAAUGGAGUGGAGAUUCUAGUAGCAGAACUUCACAUGAAACCCUAGGAAGAGAACCCUGGACACAACCAUCAAUAGAUUAUAGUGAAGAAUCAACAUUAAGAGGAAGAGGUAGCAGGUUACCAACAGGACAAACAUACAGUGGAAAUAUGUUAUUAUUAGAACAACAAAAACCCCAACUAUGGAUAGAUGAAGUAUUAACAUGGGAACAAACAGUAGUUAGAAUGUGGGAAACAAAUAAAAAAGAUAGUAUGGACAUGUUUUCCUAUCUAGAAACUACACUAGGACCAAUAGCCCUAGGAAUCUGGCAAAGUAAAAAAGCACAAGAUUCAACAGAAAUUAAUAAUUUAAAAGCUUUAGGAGAUAAUCCUUAUAAUUUCACAUCACAAAUCAGAACACUUAUAUUAGGAGUUGAUCCAGCAAAAAAUAAUAGCUUAAUACAAGAUACAGCUAUUAGAAAUCUAGAACAAUUAAGUAUAGCUGAUAUGAAAUACAUAAAUGAAUUUAUACUAGAUUUUACAAGAUUGCUAUCACAAACAGGAAAAGCAAUGGAUGAUGAUCUAUGUGAUAAGUAUUUUAUAAAACUACCAGGAGAUUUAGUAAAAAAUAUACAUGAGUCGUGGAAAACAAUAUAUGGAGAACACCACAAUCUUGGAAUAGGACCUAGAAUAACUUAUACAUUUGGUAUAUUAGAAGAUAAAUGCAAAGAAGUAGCUUUACAAGAACAACUAAAAAGAAAUGCAUAUGCAUUUUGUAAAACAGCAAUCUACACACCCCAAGCCUAUGGGUUUUAUGAUAAAAAGAAAAAUAUAAGAAAAAGCACUACUUAUAACAAAAAUUACAAAGCAAAUUAUAACAAAAACAAAUAUGUUAGAAAGCCUCAAACAAGAAGAUGUAAAUGUUUCAUAUGUGGAGAAGAACAACAUUUAGCUAACAAAUGUCCCAAUAAAAAUAAGAACAUAGAAAGGGCUAGCUUAGUGAAACAACUACACGAUUAUGAAAUAGAAGCUAUUAAAACAGACGAAUCAGAUAAUGAGUCAGUCUAUAGUAUAUACAGUGAAGACGAAAAGCCAAUAACUAAGGUCACUUACACAUACAUGAAUAUAGAAGAAUGUCAACAUACCUAG